AUGAGACACAAAAGGCUACGGGUGGAGAAUGGGACGAAGGGAUCAGCAAUCAGAAGGAAGAGCAUCAUUGUCGGUAUUGGCAUUUCAGACCCUAUUCUAUCAGAAAGAUUGAGAAAGGAACUUCGGGCUAUGAAAGACGGGAACGAUGGUUUGAGCGUUCUAACAAGGAAGUCCACUGCCAAAAGGAGAGAAACCCUUGAAGAUAAGACAAGAUUUAGAGGAAAGAAUCGAUAUGAAUCAACGGGUAAAAGUAUGGUGCUCAGAGACAUCGCAAAUGAUUUUGACAUUUGUGGACAGCAUUACAAACUUGAGAAAAUCUCAAAAAAGGAGUAUGCUCCAAACCCGGAUCGGACGGGUAAGCUUCAGACGUAG